AUGUCGAUACGAGCAGUGAUUUUUGACCUUGGUGGUGUGCUGAUUCCGGCUCCGAUGGAGCUGUGGCAAGGCCUGGAAAGUACGGAGAAUCUUGGUCGUGGAACCAUCUUAAAAGUGCUGACCAGCCCGGAGGUGCAGGAACACUUCCAGCUUCUUGAGAUCGGGCGAACCAACGUGGAAGAUUUUGCCCCAAUUUUCACUUAUUUUUACAACCGACAGGUGACCGGGCGUAAAGAUGAGCGCAUCCUCGACCUAUUCGACGCCUCCAAACCGGCUUUUUUCGGGCCGGGCGCUCUGUUUCCGGAAAUGUUGGACGCGAUCAAAGUACUGCGCUCAGCCGGCUUCAAAAUUGCCCUCCUCACAAACAAUUUCUACUUUGACCGCGCACAUCGCCUUCCAACAAUUCCUGACUCUGCAUCCUUCAAGGCUCUCUUUGAUGUGGUCUACGAAACUUGUCGUGAGGGAAAGCGGAAGCCAGAUCCACAAGUGUAUACUGAAGUUUCCCGGAGGCUGAAGGUUGCCCCCGAGCAAAUCGCGUUCCUCGACGAUUUGGGUGUAAAUUUGAAGCCGGCCAAGGCGCUGGGGAUGAAGACGAUUAAAGUAGCUAACACACGACAAGCUGUUGACGAACUCUCGCAGCUUCUAAAAAUUGGAUUUGAUGUCCCGCCGGAGACUAGGCCUUUGCUAAAAGCCGAAGAACUCGAUCAAGCAGCAUUGGAGGGGUAUUUAGAUCAACUACGUGUACCGCCAGGGCCACUUACGAUACGAAAGUUCGCGCAUGGCCAGAGCAAUCCUACGUACUAUUUGGCCCGAGGUGCAUGCAAAUUUGUGUUGCGCAAGAAGCCGGCAGGAAAGCUGCUCCCAAAAGCCCACCAAGUCGAUCGGGAAUAUACGGUGUUGAAGGCGCUACAGGGAAAAGUGCCAGUCCCACGAGUUGUAGAUUUUAAUGAGGGGAAACUUGCCGAACCGUUUUAUUUGAUGGAAUAUUUGAAUGGUAGGGUGUUUACCGACCCCAGAGUUCCGGAUGUUAGUCCAGCGGAAAGGCGCGUAAUUUAUGAAGAGGCAAUAAAAGUGCUGGCAAAAAUCCAUUCACUCGACGUCGACGCGAAUGGACUUGGAAAUUACGGACGUAAAGACGGGUAUAUGAGCCGUAAUCUCGCGCGCUGGCGCGGUAACUACGAAAUGGCCCGUACGGAGGAAUGCCCGGAAAUGGAGAAGUUGGGACAAUGGCUUGAGAAGCAUCUCCCCAAGAAUGGCCGAGUUACACUUGUUCAUGGGGACUAUCGAAUAGACAAUUUGAUGUUCGAUCGUGGCUCAACAAAAGUAUUGGCUGUGUUGGAUUGGGAGAUCUCAACAAUUGGAGAUCCACUUUCCGACCUGGCCACUUUCCUGUUUUCACAUUUCAAUUCGCACUUGAAUCAGCCGAUUCGAGGCCUUGGCCAACUUUCUGCGCGAGAAAUGGAGAGGCUUGGCAUCCCAUCGGUCAGUGAAGUCUUGCGCUUGUACGCAACUGCCGCCGGAAUUCGUGAACUAUCACUGCCAAGCUUCAUACCGUACGUAGCGUUUAUGUGCUAUCGGAUGGCAGCAAUCGCUCAAGGCAUAUAUAUGCGAUUUUUGACGAAAAACGCUUCUCAUCCGGAUGCUGGGCGAGUUGGUGGUGCUCCAAAAAUGUUGGCACAGACAGCCCUAGAAUUGAUUCGGGGGCUUGAAGAAUCUGUAAGCCCAGGCCUCCUUCCAGUCAGAAUAGAAGCUUUGAGCUCAAAGGCUCAAAAAUACCAUAGGAUUGUAUCAACGAUAAUACACGAGGAUCUGAUCCCCCUUGAGCCCGAGCUCAACGAAUACUACCAUAAUGGGCCAAACCCGUGGAGUCGACAUCCAAAAUUGGAGAGGCUGAAGGAAAAAGCCCGCGCUCUCGGGGCCUGGAAUCUUUUCAUUUCGGAACAUAUUGAUCCUGAAGGAAAAUACGGAGCUGGCUUGACGAAUGUCGAAUACGCGCAUAUCUGCGAACUGAUGGGGCUGAGUGUUUACGCACCGGAAAUCUUCAAUUGCCCAGCACCAGAUACCGGAAAUAUGGAAGUGCUUAUUAAGUACGGUAGUGCAGCACAAAAGGAAAAGUUUUUGAAGCCACUGCUGGAAGGGCGUUUGAAGUCUUGCUUCGCGAUGACUGAACCGGAUGUCGCUAGCUCGGAUGCUACCAAUAUUCAGGGCUCCAUCGUGAACACCGGCACGGAGUACGUGAUCAACGCCAGGAAAUGGUUCAGCUCUAAUGCCGGCCAUCCCGACUGCAAGAUUUGCAUAUUUAUGGGACGCCUAGCCGUGCGCAAUGUGAAUUCGCGUGUGAAUCAGCAGUCGAUGCUAGUGAUCCCGAUGGAUGCGCCGGGUGUGAAAAUUGUGCGGAAUCUACACGUUCUUGGGGCACAGGAUCCGCCAGCUGGUCACAGUGAGGUAUUAUUUGAGAAUGUUCGUGUACCGCUGGAAAGUAUGCUUUUGGGAGAAGGGCGAGGUUUUGAGAUUGCGCAAGGUCGUCUUGGCCCUGGCCGUAUUCAUCACGCGAUGAGGCUUAUCGGAAAUGCCGAACGGGCUUUGGAUUUGAUGAAGGAGAGAGUCCAAACCAGGACAGCCUUUAGAAAACCACUCGUAAAUUUCCAGACCAUCAGAGCUGAUAUCGCGAAAUCAAGAUGCGAAAUCGAGCAGGCACGCCUCCUUGUCUUGAAUGCUGCUCACAGGAUUGAUACCCUCGGCACAAAGGGAGCGAAAAACGAGAUAGCGUUGAUAAAAGCUGUUGCUCCGACGAUGUGUCUAAACGUUGUCGAUCGGGCAAUUCAAGCGUUUGGAGCAAAGGGAUUGACGGAAGAUACGCCAUUGGCCGGUUUCCUGAUUUCUGCGCGCUCGCUGCGACUUGCCGACGGUCCGGACGAGGUUCAUCUGGAGAGCAUUUGCCGGAAUGAGCUGAUGAGCAAGCUG